AUGCCGCUUGUUCGCAUAGAGGUUUGCGACUUCAAGUCAUACAGGGGCCAUCAAGUGAUAGGUCCUUUCCAUAAUUUCACUUCAGUUAUUGGUCCCAAUGGUGCGGGGAAGUCUAACUUGAUGGAUGCCAUUUCGUUUGUCCUUGGGAUAAAGAGUGCGCAGCUUAGGAGCAGUCAAUUGAAGGACCUUGUGUAUCGUGGCCGGCGGCUGGCGAGACAGGAAGGUCAGGAAGAGGCGGCUCAGGUCGAGGAUGAGGAGGAAGGAGAAGACGAGGGUGAGGGGACUGCGAAGAAAGCGUGGGUGCUUGCUGUACUUGAGGAUGCGAAAAAGAAAGAGUGGAAGUUCCAAAGAACCAUCUCCACGAGCGGUACCUCAGAGUAUAAGCUCAAUGGAAAUGUCGUCACGUACUCAGCGUACAACGCUGCACUUGUCUCCCACAACAUACUCGUAAAAGCCAAGAACUUCCUCGUAUUCCAGGGCGAUGUUGAGGCUGUAGCCUCGCAAUCUCCUAAAGAGCUGUCGCGUUUGAUCGAACAAAUCAGUGGCUCGCUCGAAUUAUCUGGAGAGUACGAAAAGGCCAAGGAAGCUCAGGAUCGUGCUACGGAGAACGCAACCUUCAACUUCACGAAGCGCAGGGGCAUAGCCGGAGAGAUUAAGCAGUACAAGGAGCAAAAGACAGAGGCUGAGAGAUUUGAGGCACUUUUUCAGGAGCGGGAUGACCUCGUAUUGCGUCGGAUCCUGUUCAAGCUGUAUCACAUUCAACAGUCUCUGGAAGAACAUGCUGAGGCCAUUAAGGCACAGAAUCAAACCCUGGUUGGGCUUAGGGAGGAACAGCGCCAACACCAACAGGAGCUUGAAGAGGCACGGGCCGAACAGGCCAGAGCACGGUCCGUGGUCCUGCAGAAAGAGAAGAGGAUCAAGAAAGCCGAGAAGGCGUUAGAGGCGAAGAGACCGGAUCUUGUGCAAGUCGAAGCUCAGAUUAAGCACUCGGAGCGCAGACGCGAGAAUGCUCUGAAGGAGCGGGAGAAGGCGCAGCAAGCCGCAGAGAAACAGAGAGAGCAGCUGCGUGUGCUGCAAGCAGACCUUGACCGAGUCCAGAGGGCCGCAAACCAGGCUCAAGAGGCGCAAAGGAGAGCUGCCCAGACCAAUCUCUCGUUGAGCGAAGAGAGCCUCGAGGAAUAUCGCCGACUGAAAGCGCAGGCCAGUGUGCUCGCGGUAGAAGAACGGCAGUCCCUCGAGGCGCUUUCUCGUGACGAGAAGACGGCGGCUAGAGCGCUUGCUCAGUUGAAGGACAAGCAUGAGCAAGAAGUCGAGAAGGCCCAGAAACUACGACAGGACAAAGACGCUCAGACAGUAAAGAGGCAAGAGUUAGAAGCCAAGGUUGCGGAAUUGAACGAGGCUCUGGCCAAGGCAAGGCAGGAGUUGGAGAACCAACAAGCUGAGCGGACGAGGAUCUCGAAACUUGAGACAGAGAUCAACGAGAAGCUCGUCGACGUGCACAACAAGUUGCUUCAGGCAGGCGUAGAUCAGAAGGAGACCGAACGCGAGGCAAGGAUGAAAGAAACGCUAGCUAACCUCCAGCGCAUCUUUCCGGGCGUCCGAGGAAGAGUCAUCGAUCUGUGUAAGCCAACGCAAAGGAAGUAUGAGACAGCGGUAUCCGUCGUAUUGGGCCGAAAUAUCGACGCUAUUGUUGUUGACGAGGAGAAGACAGCAAUCGACUGCAUAGAGUAUAUGCGGAACCAACGUGCUGGACAGGCUACAUUCAUUCCUCUCGAUACAAUCCAAGUCAAGCCCAUCAAUGACAGGUUCCGAUCGUUUGCCAAGGGCGCCCGGCUUGCGGUCGAUGUGAUCCAGUAUGAGCCUGCGGUGGAGCGAGCGAUGCACCACGCUUGCGGAAACGCUCUAGUUUGCGACACCCUAGAAGUGGCAAGAUAUGUCUGCUACGAUAAGGGACAGGAAGUUAAAGCUGUAACUCUUGAGGGCACCAUCAUCCACAAGAGUGGCCUGCUAACUGGUGGCCGUAGCAGCCACGGAAAUGGGCGUAAAUGGGAAGAGAAGGAUGUUCAAGGCCGGUUUCGACUCCAGCGCGUGCGCGACAACCUUCUCGGGCAGCUGAGAGACCUCAACAAGUCUAAGCCUCGUGGCAAAGCGGACGAAAGCUUGAUUGGGGAAAUCACCCGCUUGGAAUCUGCUUGUACCGUCGCGAAGGAUGAUCUGGCUGCUUGCAAGCUCCGUCUGGACGGUAUCAAGGACGAACUCAAGCAUGUUGACAGGGAAAUCAAGCGUCUGGAACCCGAGCUGCGCAAGGCGCAGGGAGCCUACGAUGAACUGAAACUGAAGCUUGACGCCCUUGCCAGCGUCGUCAAUGAGGCUGAAGACGAAGUGUUUGCAGCGUUCUGCCAGACCAUCGGCGUCGCAAAUAUCCGAGAGUAUGAGGAGCGACAACUGAAAGUGGCUCGUGCGGAAAGCGAGGCCAGACUUCAGUUUGAGACGCAGAUAGCUCGUCUUACGCAUCAAUGUAAGUUCGUGCAAGAACAAGUGCAGGUGACGGAAGAUCGGCUCGAGGCCAUCAACACAGUUGUUAGGACCGAGGAAGAGAACAUCGCCAAACACAACCAGACGCAGGGCAACAUCGAAGAGGAAAUUACGGAGGCUGAGAGUACGAUCAGCCAGCUACAGGAAGAGCUGAAGGAGCACAACGAGGUUUUGGAAGAGAAAUCAAAAGCAGUUGAACAGGUUAAGCAUACAGCUAUGAAGGCUAGCAAAGUACUCGACCAGGCUUUGAAAGAGAUUGCCACUCGCAACGACGAGAUUGAGAAACUCGGUCUGGAGCGAUCCUCCAUCUAUCGCAAGUGUCGACUGGAUGAGGUUCGUCUCCCAUUGGUAGAAGGCAAUUUGAAAAACGUGCCUAUGGAAGAGAAUCUACGUGAAGAGGUGGCUAUGGAUGUCGAUGAAGAUGAAGAAGGGUCUCAACAUGUCAAGAGGAUCCCCGACUACGGCAUUGUCGUUAAUUUCGAAGGCCUUGAUGAUGAUGAACGAGAGGAUGGUUCCGCCGAAGCCCUGGCUGACUAUGACUCGUCCAUCGCCAAACUCAACUCAGAGAUCGAGCACAUGGCUCCCAAUCUAAAGGCUAUGGAUAGAUUGGAUGAUGUGGAGGCCAAGCUGAUAGAAACCGAGAAGGAAGCUGACAGAGCCCGUAAAGAUUCUAAGAGUGCACGCGAACAUUUUAACGACGUCAGGCGUCGCCGAUGUGAGCUCUUCAACAAGGCCUACAACCACAUCUCCGAGCAUAUCGACCAAGUCUACAAGGAUCUUACCAAGGGCAAAGCUGCGCCGAUGGGUGGUGUUGCCUAUCUCAGCUUGGAGGACAGCGAGGAACCAUACAAUGCUGGCAUUAAAUACCACGCCAUGCCUCCAAUGAAGCGAUUCCGUGACAUGGAGCAGCUUUCGGGUGGCGAGAAAACAAUCGCUGCCCUCGCACUCUUAUUCGCAAUUCACAGUUAUCAACCUUCACCUUUCUUCGUUCUCGACGAAGUAGAUGCAGCUCUAGACAACACGAAUGUUGCGAAGAUCGCCAACUACAUACGGUCUCAUGCUUCGGAGACAUUCCAAUUCAUCGUCAUCAGUCUCAAAGGCUCACUGUAUGAACGCAGCAACUCUCUCGUAGGCAUAUAUCGUGAUCAAGAUGUCAACAGUUCACGCACCCUCACUCUGGAUCUUACUCAAUACGACGAAUAGGUAUUCCCCCUGUAGUAUGUCAAGCAAUGCUGUAUUCUGGUAAUUUUUUGUAGUCGAAUCGCAUGCUCUGUCCAUAUGUCUGUA